GGUCGGAAACAUUUGACUGUGACACGGCGCUGGGGAAGGCAAGUGGAUGCCGCGGGGCGGGCAACGUUGUUGUUGAUUAUGUCGCAGCUGAAACCUUAAAUUCGAGUUUAAAUCGGAACAAAACCGAUUUUGCCAACCAGUUUAUAAAAGGAGGGAGCGAGUCCAUUAUUGCCGGCGGCUGUUUGACUGUGGAAGGCAUCACCUGGGGGUUACAGUGAGAGAGAGCGCGCGCGCUUCCUGAAUAAAAGGUUUUGAAGUUACAAUGAAUUUGGAGUCAUUCACAAAUCAUUCGAAAGUUGGUUAAGUGAGACCUCUCUUUGGAAUGGAAAGAUGAGCAAGAACAGAAGUCAACUGUAAAUUGAAUUCAAGCACCUUCAUCUGUGUCUUCAAUCCAUCUCCUGAACGCAGAUACAACGUAACUUGGAUUUGAAGAUGAAUAUUCUGGUGAUAAAGGUCUUCUGCAUGGCUGGGGUUUUCAUCCUAAUGAUGUUGGGCUCACUAUUGCCUGUUCGAAUGAUCCAAAUUGACUAUGAAAAGUCACACAAGUCCAAGAAAGUGCUGUCACUUUGCAGUUCGUUUGGUGGUGGAGUGUUUCUGGCAACCUGCUUCAAUGCUCUGUUGCCAGUUGUAAGGGAAAAGGUUCAAGAGGUUCUUAAAAGUGGAAACAUAUCAAGUGACUACCCACUGGGUGAGACAACGAUGAUGGUGGGGUUUUUUCUGACGCUAUUUGUUGAGCAAUUGAUUCUGACAUUUCGAAAGGAGCGAACAUCCUUCAUCGACUUGGAAACAUUCAAUGCUGGGUCAGAAGGGGGCAGCGAUUCUGAGUAUGAGAGCCCCUUCAUUUCACCAGGACGAGGUCAAAGCAACCUGUACAGCCACAGCUAUCACUCUCAUAGCCAUUCUCUCAACUUGUCUGACCUGCCACGUUCCAGCCCAUUGCGCUUGUUCAGCCUCGUGUUUGCCCUGUCUGCCCACUCUGUGUUCGAGGGUUUGGCCCUGGGCUUGCAGGAGAAAGGAGGAAAGAUUAUCAAUUUGUUCAUUGGAGUAGCAGUCCACGAGACACUGGCUGCUGUGGCACUGGGAGUGAGCAUGGCGAAAGGAGGCAUGCUGAUGAAAGAUGCACUGAAGUUAGCACUAAUGGUCAGCGUGAUGAUACCAGCUGGGAUAGGCAUCGGGAUGGGUAUUCAGAGUGCUGACAGUCUCAGCAGUCACAUCGCAUCAGUCGUGCUGCAGGGUUUUGCAGCUGGUACGUUUCUGUUUGUCACUUUCUUUGAAAUUCUGGUGAAAGAAUUUGAAGACAAACAUGAUCGCCUUCUGAAAGUACUUUCUCUGAUCCUGGGUUACACACUACUGGCUGGGUUUGUCUUUCUAAAGUGGUAACAUUUUGCCUUGGUUCAGCUUGCACUACAACUAAGGCACGUGACCAUCUCAGAUAGUUUGAUUAGCAUCUCUGAUCACAGUUUUGUUAUUUUCUAAUCUAUCAUUACAUCUGUGGGUACUAUAUCCAGUGUUGUCAUAAACCUCUAAUUGGUUUUAUGAUUGCUGCAAGUAUAUUUGUACAGGGUUGGUACUGGAUUACUUAGUUUAUUAAGUGACAGUAAGCAAAAAGGUUUUUUUUUAAAAAUACUAACUUAAAGCUUUCACUAUAAUAAUAUGCCGGUGUAUCUCUGUGGCAUGCUUAAUUCAUCUGAAAUUAUUUUCAUCAGACCGUCAACUUCAUGUAAUACAAGGGAGUAUCUGCCUGUUACAAUAAUUCAGUUCACAAGUCCAUAAAGUUUUAUUGAGAUCCUAGUGUCAACAUUGCUGAAUAUGUUUACAUGUGUAUAUGUCUGCUGUAUGAUGUUUAAAUUAUUGUCAGGGAUUUUAAUGUUUGUGCGCUGAAUUCUUUCCAGACUGCAUAAAAUUUAUUUGUAAGCAUUUAACAAAUUUCUUCAAGUUUGUGUUUUUGAUAGAAUAUGGUUUUACAGUCGAAUGUGUUAAUGUAUAUUUCCUUAAUACCAAAGGGGGUGCCAGUCUCAAAAGUGAAAAUGGACAGGGAUUAUUUAUUUUCCUUAUUGUGAUCUAUUCCACAGCAAGAGGGUUGCAUCAUUUAGUUCAAACUUGUGUUAAGCUCACAGAUGUCAGUCAGGCUGAUGGUAAAGAACUAACAAGGGGCCUGAACUAAGGAGUGGAGAAUUCGUCUCCUUUCCAACUACUGAUCCCCACGCCUAUUGGAAAGCAUGUCUUUUUUUGGAAGUCAUGCAAGGACAGAAUUUGAUUGGAAUGUGAAUUUCCUGCAAUUUGUAGCCUGCUGAUACACGAUAAGCUUUGAGCAUAAAAAAGAUGAGGUACCGAUUUGGUGACUGCAAAAUUGUGCCUUGGUAUUAGGUUGGUAAAAGGUUAGGUUGGAUUGAGUGCAUGCAAUGAGAGCAGAACCUCCUACUUUUAUCCUAAUUGAACACUUGCUCAUUUAAGCAGCCAGUGUUAAUUACUUCACUAAGAAAAGCUGAAUGAAAGGAUGUACUGAAUUUAAAUGAAAUAAUGCACUCCAGCCCUGGAUUAAUACACUGCUGUUAAAUGUGAUGUAGUGAACAAACCUUGCUUAACAUCAAAUUCAGUUCUGCUUGAUAAUGGUACAGUUGAACUAUUUAUCUACAUUGCAUUAAUUAAUCUCCCCUAGUUAAGGGACUGUAAUCAAAUUUGUUGCCACAGCACUGGAGACGGAGAACAGUCCGCUUAAAUCUGAUAAGAAAAUCUUGCUGGUGACGUUAAAGAAACCACUGUCCCCUUGAGGUCAGAAUCAAAUUCUGUUGAACUGUGAUGUCUCCAGCACCAGCAAAGGAUAGUCUGAUGAACCGUGUCAGAACAUAUGCAAAGCAGUCUUUUCGGGGUGAAGUACUAGAGAUUCCCAGUGUCUUUGCAAAGCAUGUAUCAACAGCCAGCAAAAUAAAUUGUUGCUUGUGACUCUUUUCUUACUUGAUAAUUCCUGAUGACUUUUCUUUCUAUAAACAAAAGGAGUUGAGCAGGAAAUAGUCAUGUCACGGCUGCCAGGAAUUCAAAAAGCUCAGGAAGAACAGUUUCCUGUAGAUGGGAUUGGUAGAAGGUAUGUGAAGGAUAAUUGUCCUCUUGGGCUAAAAGCUAUUGUCUAAAUAACUCGUCAUUUGGUGAGUUUUGUUGUCUGCGAAUUCCUUAGACAUCUUGGUUAAUGAUUUAGCAAUGGCUCCAUUUCCUACAUAGUGAGCCCAAGAAACUCUCACCUUGCUGAAUUUCACUUCCUCCUCUAUCUCGCCUGAAGGCGUUGCGACUGGACCCCAGCCAGAGUCACUAGCCAUGCCAACUUGUACCUCACUUGAGAACUUCCUUCUGAGAGUGUAGACAGUAUGUGAUGGUGGGCUAAUCUUCAUGAGCGAUAGAAAGGAAGAUAAAUGUAUAUCACUUCCAAGCUUCUGAGUAUUGCAUAAAGUAAAUACAAUGCUGUUUGAUACAGAUGGUGUGAGGAAUUAUAUUACUGUAAAUAUAUAAUGUAUUUUGCUCAAGUGUUUUUUUUGUAGAACAUCUUUUAAAAUGAUGGGAACCCCAGUCUCCUUUUAAGUGGAAUGUGGUAGGAAGAGGUAAAAGUGUGGAGCAGCAAGUUGCUUCAUUAAUAAUGCUUUGCAUCAAAUAAAUUUUAAGCUGCUGGAGAAAUGUUAACCUUUCAUUCAAACAAUAUUCAAAUAUACUUACAAGACUGACUUUAAAUUGCAAGACUAUCAAACAUAUGAAGCACUUCAGGAUUUUGAGACCUAAUAAUGUGUGUCAAUGCAAGAUUUCUUUGUGUUAUCAUCUGGGAAACUUAUUUGUUUUUGAUAGAUUUCAUAUAUGUAUCUUUUUCUUUUAAUAUUGGUUUAACAGCAUUUUCAUGCCUAAAGUUGAAUUAUGAUUAUUUGUCUAUGGUAACUCUUAAUAGAGCUGUUUUUUUUAAAAAAGUGGUAUUUAUCUAAUAGGCUAUGCUGUUGUUCAGGCCUGUGUUGCUAUAAAUUAUCCUUGAACUGAGAUGUGCUUUCUUUGUAGGUGUUCAUGAUUUGGAGACGCCAGUGUUGGGAGGUGUACAAAGUUAAAAAUC